CUAAUGUUUGCUUAGCACUGCCACUGCCUUGAUCCAACAAUGCAGCCGCGAUUGCUUGCACUGUGCGGACCAGACGCGUUAGAGCCCUCGACAAACUGUUUUCCAAGGUAGCGUGGCUCAGGUACUGAUCGUAUUGUUUUAAGAAUCAACGGUAUAUCCGCUCAAACUUGCACGUCAAGUACUCCUUAGACUUGGCCUGAGAUUUGUCUUCAGAUCACCAAACCGGAUUCUUUGUGGCUGGAGGGAUCUGGAACUUCAACACCCACGGACCACAAAGCGAUUCGCCCAGUUGGUCGUCCCGUCAUGGGUGGCAGUGGAAGCUGAGCCAUGAUGUGUCAAAGCAAGCUGGAGGCCAACCAUGACCUCCUGGUUGUCGCCUUACGAUCUACCCCAUAUGUCCAGAAAAUCUCCCCCCUUCUUGGGUAGGCUGGGGCUACCCCUGGCCCUCUCAUGGAGAAAUACAGCGCCAGUUACAUGUUUGUGAUGUUCACCCACGUAACCUUUUAACCUUUCACAAUGUGGACAAGGUCGCAGCAUGGCCGCUGAUCCUCCCUGUCGACACGCUCAACACACUCGUACUCAGUCCGAGGGAGAGUGACCCCGCCAGCGAUCGUGAGCGUCGCAAUGCAGCGCAACGGGGGAAUGGCAGGCAACGGCGGGCAGCCAUGGGUGUUCCGACGUGUGCGCCUCACCUGGCUCAGCUUCAUGCUUUUCUUCAUCCUGGUCUUCUUCCCACUCAUUGCUCACUACUACCUCACCACCAUCGACGAGGCCGGCGGGCCGGACAAGCGCAUCUUCGGGCCGCGGCCGGGUGGUGAGCUGUGCGAGGCCAAGCACGUGCAAGACCUGUGCCGCAUCCGCGAGUCCGUCAGCGAGGAGCUCCUCCAGCUGGAGGCCAAGCGGCAGGAGCUGAACGGCGAGAUCGCCCGGCUCAACCUGCGCAUUGAAGCCUGUAAGCGUAGCAUCGAUAGUGCCAAGCAGGACCUGCUGCAGCUCAAGAAUGUCAUCAGUCAGACUGAGCACUCGUACAAGGAGCUCAUGGCGCAGAAUCAACCUAAGCUAUCGCUACCAGUCAGAUUGGUGCCAGAUAAAGAUGACCCUGGGCUCCCCCCACCCAAGUCAGCAAGGGCCUGUCGCUUGCGGUCCUGUUUCGAUUAUGCUCGGUGCCCCAUGACAUCAGGGUUCCCGGUUUAUGUUUACGACGCGGGGUCAUACCCCUGGGGGGAGAACCUAGACCCGCUGGUCAAACAAGCUUUUGCAGCGUCAGUUAAAAGCAACAUCUAUGUGACUGACAACCCAAGCAUCGCUUGCCUAUAUGUGGUGCUUGUAGGGGAGUUGCAGGAAUUACCAGGGUCCCCUCCCCCUUCUCCGGCAGACCUGGAGAAGCAGCUUCGGGAGCUGCCUUACUGGAGGUCCGACGGCCAUAAUCACCUUUUGGUCCACUUGUCAAGGAAGUCUCUAACACAGAACUUUCUGUAUAAUGUAAGCACAGGCCGGGCAGCUGUGGCUCAGUCCACCUUCUUGGAGCGACAGUAUCGGGAGGGGUUUGACCUUGUGGUAUCCCCACUGGUCCAUGCCCUCUCCGAGCCCAAUUUCCUGGAGGUGCCCCCUCAGGUUCCUGUGAAGAGGAAAUAUCUCUUCACCUUCCAGGGAGAGAAGGUGGAGUCUUUGAGGAGCAGCUUUCUUGAGGCCCCACCACAGUCCUUCGAAGAGGAGAUUGAGGGAGAUCCACCUGCGGACUAUGACGAUCGCAUCAUCGGCACCUUGAAAGCGGUCCAAGACAGCCACCUGGACCAGGUACUUGUAGAGUUCACAUGUAAGAACCGGCCGAGGCCCAGUCUGCCAACUGAAUGGGCCUUGUGUGGGGAGCGUGAGGAGAGGCUGGAGGUGUUGAAGGUCUCCACAUUCGCCCUGGUCAUUGCUCCAGGUGAUGGGCAGCUGGUAGCUUCAGCUGGCUGUGGUAUGCGACUCUUUGAGGCUCUAGAGGUGGGGGCUAUCCCUGUCUUGCUUGGAGAUCACUCCAAGUUGCCGUAUCAUCAUCUUAUCCGCUGGAGUGAGGCAGUCAUCGUUGUACCCAAACCUCGUAUUACUGAACUACACUUCCUGCUACGCAGCUUGUCUGACAACGACCUGCUGGCCAUGAGGAGGCAAGGGCGCUUCCUGUGGGAGACCUACUUUUCCACCUCCGAGACGGUCUUCGGCACCAUCCUGGCCAGCAUUCGCACAAGUAUACAGGUCCCAGCCGCCCCCAUCAGGGAAGAGCCAGCUCAGGAGAUCCCACACAAGGCUGGGAAGCUGGCUGGAACUGAUGCCAACAUGGCCGAUAACGGGGACUUGGACCUAGGCCCUGUGGAGACAGAGCCCCCUUAUGCUUCGCCACGCUUCCUGAGGAAUUUCACCUACACCGCGUCAGACGUAUACCGCACCUGGAACCGGCCUCCUGGCCCCUUCCACCUGUUCCCCCACACGCCAUUUGAUCCCGUGCUGCCAUCGGAGGCCAAGUUCCUGGGGUCUGGCACCGGCUUUCGACCCAUCGGCGGGGGUUCCGGAGGCUCUGGGAGGGAGUUCCAAGCUGCCCUUGGGGGCAAUACUCCCCGGGAGCAGUUCACCGUGGUGAUGCUGACCUACGAGCGCGAGGAGGUCCUGAUGAACUCCCUGGAGAGGCUCAAUGGCCUCCCCUACCUCAACAAAGUAGUAGUUGUCUGGAACUCCCCCAAACCACCCUCGGAUGACCUUAUCUGGCCAGACAUCGGCCUGCCUAUUGUGGUGGUGCGCACAGAAAAGAACAGCCUGAACAACCGCUUCCUCCCGUGGGACGCAGUGGAAACGGAGGCCAUCUUGUCCAUCGACGACGACGCUCAUCUCCGCCAUGACGAGAUCAUGUUCGGCUUCAGGGUAUGGCGUGAGGCCAGAGAUCGUAUUGUGGGUUUCCCUGGCCGCUUCCACGCAUGGGACGUCAACCACCAGUCCUGGCUCUACAACUCCAACUACUCCUGCGAGCUGUCCAUGGUCCUGACCGGUGCCGCCUUUUUCCACAAGUACUAUGCCUACCUGUACUCGUACGUGAUGCCCCAGGCCAUAAGGGACAUGGUGGAUGAGUACAUCAACUGCGAGGACAUUGCCAUGAACUUCCUGGUCUCGCACAUCACGCGGAAACCCCCCAUUAAGGUGACCUCUCGCUGGACGUUCCGUUGCCCCGGGUGCCCCCAGGCGCUGUCGCACGACGACUCGCACUUCCACGAGCGGCACAAGUGCAUCAACUUCUUCGUGAAGGUGUACGGCUACAUGCCCCUGCUCUACACGCAGUUCCGCGUGGACUCUGUGCUUUUCAAGACGCGCCUGCCCCACGACAAGACCAAGUGCUUCAAGUUCAUCUAGCACGCGUGGUCACUGCAGAGGAGAACCGCUGCAGUGGGUGGUGGAUGGAGUUUUCCUUUGGUACGGAACAAACGAGCAGGGGCGCAUACAGGACUUAAUCGUUCUACGCGAGGGACGUUCACAGACUCUUUGCCUAUACUGGGAACUGUAAUAUAGGACAAGAAAAGAAACUGCUGCCAAUCAGGAAAAAAAAAAAUUAUUUCGUGUUUUCUGGUUGUGUUUUGUUGCCUUCUUUUUUUUUUCUUCCUUCUCGUGUUCGCUUGUGUGUGUUCCCAUCGGCAACCACUACAGUUUUGCAUUUGCACCACUUGACUCUCUUUUUCUGGCGUAACCAAGCCAGUCAACACACUAAACGGAUUGUAGAAUUGACCCGACACGGACAACUGAGCAUUUAAACUGACACAGCAUGAGACUGUGACCUCAGAUCCAGCUCACUCUGUGAGGUCAGAGGUCUGGACAGGCCUCCUCUGGGAUAUGCAGCAAAGGAUCUUGGGAGAAAAACGAGUGCAAGGACAGAUGGACUGCAGCGAUGCACUCGGAACUGCUACUUUUUUUUUUCUUCUUUUUUUUUUAAAGGUCGUGUUAUGAUUUUAUAUAUUCUACUUGUAUAUGAAAAAGCACUGAUGAUGGGUCUUACUUGGUGAAGAUUAUGUUUGUAUGUGGUGUUUCUUCAUGUAAUACGAUGUGUGUGUGUGCGCGUGUGUAACGGAAUCACAGACCCUGCCUCGAACAACCCCCCCCCCCUCCCCCUCGCCCCACCACUUCCUCUGGUCAACACCUUUCAGUAUUCACUACACAGUCACUUUCAAACAAAUGGAGAAAUGAAGCAUCCUUCCCUUACCUGCCCAGCAUCAUAAAGAUACAAGUUUCCUGUAGAUAUCAGGAACGUUGUUACACCUGUUCUUCUCCUGACUGAGAUUCUCCUGAUGUGUGGCUUCAUAGCCCAGCAUUCCAGCAUUCUUAACCUAGAGUUGCACAAGCUUAAGAAGAAGAAGGAGGAGGAGGAGGAGGAAGCGGAGGUGCUCAACCGUGGGGGAUAUGGGGAGAAAAGAAAAAAAAGAAAGAAACACGCUGCCAGAAUCUCAUUUUUUCUUCUCCUCCAUUUCCCCAUUUGACAAGACAGCCGGUAAUGUAAUGAAAUGAAGAAUGUCAACCAGAUUUAGACACUGAGGGUAAUUUGGCUUAUGUACCAUCCUCCCCUCCCCACCGGUUCUCUCACUUGUCUUUUCCACUAAACAUCACCUCUUUGCAGAGCCUCUCUCCCUGCUUCUCUUGCUAUCCCUCCCUCUCUCUCUCUCUCUCUCUCGCCCACAUCUCCCUCUUUCCCUACCUGUAUUAUCUGACUGGACAGGUACUGGUACUGCUGAUGCUGUAAAUGCCACUGAUGAGAUUCUGUAUGGUUAAGAGUGGGGAGGUGGUGGGGGUUGUUCUCCUCUAUAAACACAGUCCACCCCUCUCCCUCAUUCUCCCUGGCCCAUUCAUCAGCUCGGAAGCUAACUCCCCCACUCAGGACGGUUUAAUUUCACCCAUGACUCACCAGAUCAGAGCCCUGCCCUUUGAAGAGGAAGGGGUUUGAUGGCUUCUGCCUCUGGUUCUGUGAAGUUGUUGGGUUUCAGAUGCAGUAAGAUCUUGUAUUUUGGUUAAGUUUGUUUUACAUCAUGUGAAAGGUGUGGUUGGUGUAGUUCCUGUCAAUCAACUCUACAUUUGUCAUAUACAUUCAUUGAUAUUGGCAGGGUCCUUGGCCAGAAAUCCUUAGACUAAUAGCGCUAAGGGGUCAACAAAAUGUAACGAUUGGACUUGCUAAUUAUUUAGCCACCAUUUCAGGUCAAAGAAUAUUAUUUGCUUUUAAUGCAAGAUCAGUGGAUGACCCAAAUGCCCCCACCUCACCCCCAUCACUGACUGGAAAGCAGGAUCUAUUGUCGUGUUCAGAAUGGAACCCCCAAAAUAACUAUACUGCAAAUAACUCUGUACUGCAAAGAGGGUAAAGUCAGAUACAAAAACAACAAUGGGCUCCUCAACUCCCAGUAGAAAUGUUUUACCUGAACUGCAUUCUCCCUGUCUUCAUGUACUGUACCUUGCUGAGAAACAAAGGUAGCUAGGUCAUCCUUCCCCAACACCUCAUUUGCCCAGAGGGGAACAGUGGCGCAGCUGGUUCUUUUCAGCUGCCCCCUCCCUCCAGCAACCCCCCCCC